UUCUUCAUUUGCCGUCCUCUCUCCACCACCAUCCUUGUGGUUCCCGUCUUCUUCUUGCAGCUGUUUUAUACCAGCUUCUUCCUCUCCUCUUCCCUUUUGUUUUGCUUUUUAAGCUUUCUAUAAUCUCUGUGCCUGUGUAUUCAAAUCAAAGAUUUCAAGUUCCCGAGCCACUCCUCAUCUCUCUCUCUCUCUCUUUCCCUUUCUCCUCCUUGUUCUUUAUGAUUACUGUCCCCGAAAACCUCCACUUUCUUUAAGAACAAACGCACAGUGUGUGUUAGUUUUUAAUUUCCCUCACUCACUUCGCAUUAAAAAAGAAGCAAAGAAUUCUAAAUAACAAUUAUAUUUUUUUUUGGCCACCUUGUUUUCUGUUUCAUCUUCCCCUUUUUGAUGCGUGCUCAUGAUGGCUGGUCUGGAUUUAGGCACUGCUUCUCGCUUCCUUCCUAAUUUCCAGCUCCAGCGUUCCAGGGAUUCCGGAGACGACGGCAAUAACCCUAACCACAACCAGUAUUCUGGCGACCACCACGACGACGGAUCCCACCACCACGGCCUCGAUCUCGGGGGCGCCGGGAACCCUGGGCCUGGCGACAUCGUGGCCCGCCGACCCCGGGGCCGGCCCCCGGGUUCCAAGAACAAGCCUAAGCCGCCGGUCAUCAUCACCAGGGAGAGCGCCAACACGCUCCGGGCGCACAUCCUCGAGGUCGGCAGCGGGUGCGACGUCUUCGAGUGCGUCGCGAUGUACGCGCGGCGGCGGCAGCGGGGGGUCUGCAUCCUCAGCGGGAGCGGUACGGUGACCAACGUCAGCCUCCGGCAGCCGACUGCGGCCGGGGCCGUGGUGACGCUGCACGGCCGGUUCGAGAUCCUGUCGCUCUCAGGGUCCUUCCUCCCGCCGCCGGCGCCCCCUGGGGCCACGAGCCUCACGGUGUUCCUGGCGGGCGGGCAAGGGCAGGUGGUCGGCGGCAGCGUGGUUGGGGAGCUGACAGCGGCCGGGCCGGUCAUCGUCAUCGCCGCCUCCUUCACCAAUGUCGCCUACGAGAGGUUGCCGCUGGACGAGGAGGAGCAGCAGCUACAUAUGCAGCCGCCAGCCUCGCAGCCGCAGUCGGCGGGUGGGGCCGCCGCGGGUAACUCGUACCCGGAUCCGUCGUCGGGGCUUCCCUUCUUCAAUUUGCCGCUCAAUAACAUGGGGUCUGUUCAGUUGCCGGUGGAGAACUGGCCAGGAAAUAAUUCAGCACCUCGUCCUCCAUUUUGAGAAGCUAAAAGAAAACGAAAGAGGAUGGCGAUGACGACGAAGAAGACGACGAUUAAUCCCCUCUCUAAGGUCAGCAAUUUCAUAGAAUCUAUUUCGCGCGGUUCGUGAUGGUGAUGAUGGUCGUGUUUAACUCGGAUUAAUCCUGUGUUGAUGUCUCUUUAGCUCUUUCUUCUUCCUUUCUUUUCUGGGUUAAUUUUCUCUUGUACGUUCUUCGUUUUCAUCUUCUCUUUGCGGUUUGGAAGUAGUGUUUCCGAAUCUCUCUUCUUGGGCAUUGUGGGACUCAU